CGAAACAAUUUUUUCAUUUGGAUGACAUGCUUAUUUUUUAAUAAAGCAAAAUAAAAUUCUUUAAAAAACUAGGAUUUUUUCAAAUUAAAAAACAUUUUUACUGUCCGAAAUUGACAAUGAGCGAAACCUCGUCGCAAAAGUCACAGGGUCCAGAAUCGAUAAAUCAAGAUGAAAAAUUGACAAGUAUUGUUGAAAAUGGUGAUAUUAUUAGCACGAAUGAUGUUGAUUCCAGCAAAAGUAAUAAAAAAAAUAAGCACAAAAAUAAAUCCAACAAUCAAUCUUCCGUAUCUUCUAGUUCGAGCAAUGUAUCAGCACAGCCUUCAACAGUGAAAGAUUCGACCGAAGCAAUUCAUAAUGAUCUAAAACGUGCUUUUGAUCGAUUACAAUUAAAAACUGCUACAAUGGGAAUUGGAGGAACCGGUAAUGAACAGCCAAAAUCACGUGAAGAUGCAUUGAAAAAGAAAUAUGAAUUCUGGGAAACACAACCGGUACCAAAUCUAAAGGAAGAUGAUCCUCCUGUCGAUCUGAACGCACCGAUUCAUCCACCAAUGCAACCGGAAAAAAUUCCUAAAGAAUGUCUAAAUCUACCGCAAGGUUUUCAUUGGGUUAGUUUAAAUUUGAACGAAGUUGAUGGUGAAGAAAUGUGUGAAUUAUAUACAUUGUUGGCUGAAAAUUAUGUAGAAGAUGAUGAUAAUAUGUUUCGAUUUAAUUAUUCACGUGAAUUUCUUCAUUGGGUUCUUCAAGCACCUGGUUGGAAUCCCGAUUGGUUUGUAGGCGUACGUGUAUAUAAACCGGAUCAGAAAAAGAAAGGUAAAUUAGUUGGAUUUAUCAGUGCGAUUCCAUCUACUAUUCGAGUGUAUGACAAAGUAUUGGAAACUGUAGAGAUAAAUUUUCUUUGUGUUCAUAAAAAACUUCGUUCCAAACGUAUGACACCAGUGUUGAUCAGUGAAAUAACACGUCGUAUUCGUUUGACAGGAAUAUUUCAAGCAUUAUAUACUGCCGGUGUAUUUCUUCCGAAACCAAUUGCAACAUGUCGAUAUUAUCAUCGAUCAUUGAAUCCGAAAAAAUUGAUUGAAGUUGGUUUUUCACAUCUGACACGUAAUAUGACAAUUCCACGUACUGUAAAGCUAUAUCGGUUACCUGAACAGCCAAAAUUGUCAGGUUUACGUCGAUUCGAACGUAAUGAUAUUAAACAGGUUCAAACAUUGAUGAAUAAAUAUAUGGAACGUUUUGAUUUGGUGCCUUUGUUUUCCGAAGAAGAAAUGGCUCAUUGGUUAUUACCUAAAACAGAUGUUGUCGAUUCAUAUGUUGUUGAGCGAACUAAUGAAACAGAUCAAAAGAAAGAAAUUAUCGGUUUUUUUAGUUUUUAUAUAUUACCAUCAACAGUUAUGGAUCAUAAACAAUAUAAAGAGAUUCGUGCCGCAUAUUCAUUCUAUAAUGUACCAAGUGAACAUUGUUCAUUGCUCGAAUUGAUGCAGGAUGCAUUGAUUAUUGCAAAAAAUACUAAUCUGGAUGUAUUUAAUGCACUCAAUCAAAGAGAUAAUGAAGUGUUUUUAAAAGAACUAAAAUUUGGUGAAGGCGAUGGUAAUUUACAUUAUUAUCUAUUCAAUUGGAAAUGUCCACCCAUGAAACCGGAAAAAGUUGGUGUCGUUCUUCAAUAAA